AUGAGCACUCCGACCAACCCACCGUCAAGGCCAUCCCCUCUCCCAACGUCGGAAUGGACCCAGUUCGUCAGGUCUUCGAGAGAUGACACUCCCCCUCGCUGGGCCACCCCAGCCACUGGUGUACGCAGCGCCGCUCAUCAGAUGAUCCUUGAUGAGAACGACCAGAGGAACCGGGCAGCCAACGCAAAACAUGCAUGGGAUUUCGCGGUAUUGGUGGUCAAGACUAUUGCCGUCCUCAUCAUAUACUUCCACUUCAUAUCGCAUGUCAAGGGCUCGGCCAAGGACACCACUGCCAUCCGCCAGUCCGCCCCCGUCCUCGACUACGAUACUAUUCGCGAGUCUCUAUAUGCCGACCUGCGUAAGGCCGUGUUCGAAGAUGUUAAAGAAAUGGUCAUUGCAGCCAAGUUUAUUGUCCGCAAAGAAUAG